UUAAAUGAGGAACAGUCCAUAGCUUUCACUAUUGUCGCAGAACAUGUCCAUCAACUUCUUCUCGGCAACAAUCCUCCGCAGCUUCUUAUGGUUGUUCAUGGUCAAGCUGGAACUGGCAAAACUCGUUUACUUGAAGCUAUAACUGAUAUGUUCGAGACUGUCGGUAGUUCUGAGCGAUUCGCAAAAACCGCUCUGUCAGGGGUAGCUGCUUGUCAAAUUGGCGGUAAAACAUUACAUUCU